AUACAUUCCGCGUAAAUACGUCUUUUGUAAAUAUGUACACAUUUAGUGCGUUGGAGUUUUCCCCUGUAGGAUUGUCUUGUUGUGGGAUCGCAGAAUCGUUGCCACUCCUAAACCGAUCCAGCUCAGGAUGCGGAAACUUUGUGUUAUGGGGAUGCGAAUGUUGGUCACCCGUUGGAUGGACGAAAGAGGAACGAUCAAGACGAACGUUUCUUACUUGCUGUUGGCGAACUGGUAUUUUUUUUGCAGCUGAUACCACCAGUAUGACUAGAUUUCCAAAAUGGUAAAGGUGUUACCAGUUUCGUUGGCCCCGGAGCAAAGUCCUUUAGAGGCAUCUUUUAGACAUCACAACAGAAAACCGACGCCCAUGACCGCCAGAUUUGUUGGAUGCGAUUACUGUCAGAUCAUAUGUCCUAGACACGGUCCAUAUAGACACAAUCUAAGACUGUUACCAGGCAUUGGCUUUCGAGUUAGCCCAGCUUUGAGUCAAGAACCCAUGUCACACAAAAUUCCGCGGAAAAUACGUUCAGUGCUGUCGAAGUGCUUGUUGCGAUAGUCAUCGAAGUUUCAGUAUACCUCUAAUGGAAGAAGUAGUUCGUGUGGAGUGCAUGUCAGGUUGAGGAACGGUGAGGAACACAAUUCGCAGGUGAGUCUAUCGAGGAAUACAAGUCGCUAGCAUUUCGUCCCAUGUUUACCGCAAAUUUCUGCUUGAUAUAUAAGACCACCAAGAUGGAAUUCGUGCUGAGACUUGGACUAACAGUAUAUAAAUAUCAUCUCUGUACGACUCGUGCUCCAUUUCUAUGUAACACAGGAGAUGCAUUGAACCGUCUACACGAGGGGUGAAAUAACCUAAACGUGAAGAAACCAACAUUUUGCGAAGAUUGGACUUCUCCCAGUAAUGUAUUUAUCCACUCGUUUAUGUAAUAAGCGGGGUACAUUUAUACAGUUAUUGGAUAUCUGAC